CAAUCAUCGAAUCGAAAGUCUUCUCAACGCAUCAUGGCCCAAACCCGAAAAUCCAGAGCUCCUUCAUCCAAUACCCCCGCUGUUAUCAGUGAGGCACCAAAAAGCCCAAUACUGGAUAGUAUCGCCGUCGUCGUGCCUGGAGGGGUCGAUAACACCGCAGUCGUGGAUUUGCUACCUCACUCUCCGGACACUGGAACAAUGCCCUCUUUUGCACCAGCUCUUGACACCAGUGAGACUACCUCCAGCUUCUUUCGGCCGCAACAGAGCAGCAUUCAAGAGCAGAGUAGUGCCCUGGUUACUUUGAACGAUUGUAGCGAGAACUUUGACACUGCCUCUUUGCCGGUCGAUGAAGCUGUUUCGGGUCAGCAGAAUGCAACGGUUUCGAAUCCAGCAAGUUCAAUUCCGGGCGUCACUGCAAUAGGCUCUCCACCAGUAACCCUCGGUGAUACUGAGGAUAUGCCAAUACCUUCACUUCAAGUGGACAAGAGUACAGCCUGCGGUGCGGCCCCCAAUGAGCCAAAUCGCUAUGAGCAUGAGUCAAUCCAAAUUAGCAAGAUGAGACUCGAGUUAGACAAGCACAAGCUCGAGCUCAGGGCUGCAAGGCUAAAGGCUACCUUAGCUGAGCAAAAAGUGAAUCGCCGCAACGUGGUCAGCAGGGAAGAAACCCAUGAAAAGAUCCAAAUGCUCCUGAAUCAUAUGCUGGAUGAUAUAGUGCCAAUCCUGAAAAAGGGGAUUUUUGAGACAAAGCCGGGGUCAAAGAAACGAUCUUUUGAGGAGUACCAAAAGGAAUGUGUUGAUGAGUUAUUUGAACUCACUCGAGCUACCCGGAAUGCGAUCUACAAAGUCCGACAAGAAUUUCACGCUAAAGUGGGGACAGUUUGGUGACGAUGCAGACUACGAAUUGAAAGAAUUCUCAGGCAUUGUUACACCCUAUGUUCAACAGAUGUAUACCAGGCAGGAGAAACCCAAAUUUUAGAUGAUAAUAAUGAAACAAAAGAUCGCACUUGCUGUACUCUGGUGAUCAAAAAUAAUAGUAUCUCCGCUCAUAUGACUCGCCAACCACGUCGAUCACCCUUGAGCUUCCGCUUGAUGCUUCCACCACAAGUGUUUAGACACAACUCACUUCCUGCUUUUAGAUCGUAGCAAUUAUGGGAAUCGCAGUUCGGGGCUACUAUUCUGCUUGUGCUUGAGUGGGUGGGGACACCAGUGGCGAUUGACGGUUACGGGCUUGCUCGCUGAAACCAUUUCAAGGUUUACUUGGGAGUACUGUCAUGAUAUUUUGCUUGGGUACGGGUGAUGCUCGAAUCUCACUGUGCCAGAAACCCUUAAAGAAAUCUCAAAUGUCAAGGGGCGAAAACAAACAUCAAGCUCAUUUAUUCUCCUGUCUAUGGGUCUGUUUGGAGGGGUUGCCCAUUCCUGUCUUAAAGUAUCUCCCCGCAUUAAGGUCGAUGUGUGCCUAUUGAGAAAUCUUUCAGCAUCCGACUCUCAGCUUGAAAUUGAGCAUUGGCGCUCCAGAAAUUACUCAAUGUGGCCCCCGAGAUGUCGGU